AUGACCGUGUCUUCCCCAGCACCAGGAUUAUCAGAAGACAGCCGCCAACAAUCGAACCGUGCGGGCGUGCGGCGAUCGAUCAAUAAGAAGCUCGCGGCACCCGCGAUGAAACAGAACCAACCUGUCACCUGUCGCAGCCAGCAGCCUUGCCUUGCUCCAUUGCCAGCCUUGACGAGCUGCACGUACGAGCACGGACAUUCCCGUAGCACACUUGGAGACACCAUGAGAGCGCUCAUGGUCUUCUUCUUUCUCGCCACCUUGCCUUGGAUCGCCCUCUCGGCCGGCGACCACCGGAGCGUCAUGUGGCGCGGCGACUCCUUCGCCGUGGAGGACGCCGCCUCGUCGUCGUCGUCUUCGUCUUCUUCCGGCCGGCACGUGCACGCCCUGGUGUCCCCUGGCGGCAACUUCUCGUGCGGGUUCCGCAAGGUGGCCACCAACGCCUACACGUUCGCCAUCUGGUUCACGGCCUCGGCCGACGCCACCGUCUCCUGGGCGGCCAACCGCGACGCCCCCGUCAACGGCCGGGGCUCCCGCGCCGAGCUCCGGCACGACGGCUCCCUCGUGCUGCGGGACUUCGACGGCCGCGUCGCGUGGAGCACCAACACCAGCGACGCCGGCGCGGACCGCGCGGCGCUGCUCGACUCCGGCAACCUCGUCGUGUCCGACGCGUCCGGGCGCGCGCUCUGGCAGAGCUUCGACUGGCCCACCGACACGCUCCUCCCCGGCCAGCCCAUCACGCGGUACCGCCGCCUCGUGUCGGCGUCGGCGAGGGGCCUGCCCUACUCCGGCUUCUACAACUUCUACUUCGACAGCAACAACAUCCUCAACCUCAUGUACGACGGCCCGGAGAUCAGCAGCAACUACUGGCCGGAUCCGUUCAACAAGUGGUGGGACAACAACCGGACGGCCUACAACAGCAGCCGCUACGGCAGCCUCGACGCGCGCGGCAGCUUCUACGCCAGUGACAACCUCAAGUUCAACGCCUCCGACCUCGGCGAUACCGGCGUCAUGCGCCGCCUCACGCUCGACUACGACGGCAACCUCCGCCAGUACAGCCUCGACGUCUCUUCAGGGAAGUGGCGGGUCACGUGGGCGGCCAUGUCGCGCCAAUGCGACGUGCACGGCAUUUGCGGCCGCUACGGGCUGUGCACGUACGGGCUGGGCGGGGCGCCGGUGUGCUCGUGCCCGGAGGGGUUCGUCGUCACCAACGCCAGCGACUGGAGCAAGGGCUGCCGGCGCGAGUUCGACGUCCGGUGCGGCGAGGACGUGUACUUCGCGCCGAUGCCGGCCGCCGACUACUGGGGCUUCGACUUCAACUACACCGAGGCGCUCACCAUCGACACGUGCCGCCAGAUCUGCCUCGACGACUGCAACUGCGAGGCGUUCGGCUACAAGCAGGGCUCCGGCAAGUGCUACCCCAAGAUCGCGCUCUGGAACGGCCGACGCCCGGACAGCAAGCAGGUCAUCUACCUCAAGGUGCCCCGCCGCGUCCAGAACCUCGACCCCUCCGUGCUGCGCUUCGGCGGCCACAGGUGCACCGUGCGCGAGGUGAACGCCAACAGCAGCGCCUCCUACCUGCUGGCCGCCGGCAGCAAGCUCAACUUCGUCUACUUCUACUCCUUCCUGGCCGGGCUGUUUGUCAUGGAGGCCAUCUUCAUCGCCGUGGGGUAUCCGUUCGUGUUCCGGGCCGACCCGGCGGCGCGGCGGAUCCGCGACGAAGGGUACAGCCUGGUGCUCAACCACUUCAGGAGGUUCACGUACGACGAGCUGUCGGCCGCGACCUCGGAGUUCAGCGACGUGGUCGGGAGGAGCGCGUCGGGGGCCGUGUACAAGGGCGUCCUGGACGACGGCCGGAGUGUCGCUGUGACGCGGCUGGAGGAGGUGACGCAGGCGGACGAGGUGUUCCGGUCGGACCUCAGCGUCAUCGGCCGGAUCAACCACAUGAACCUGGUCAGGAUCUUCGGCUUCUGCUCCGAGCACUCGCACCGGCUCCUCGUCUCGGAGCACGUCGAGAACGGCUCGCUCGACAAGGCCCUCUUCGACGACGGCGAGGACGGCGCCGCCGCGCUGGGGUGGCACGCGAGGUACGGGGUCGCCGUGGGCGUGGCCAAGGGGCUGGCGUACCUCCACCACGAGUGCCUGGAGUGGAUCGUGCACUGCGACGUGAAGCCGGAGAACAUCCUGCUGGGCGCGGACCUGGAGCCCAAGAUCAACGACUUCGGGCUGGUGAAGCUGCUGAGCCGGCGGGACGAGCGCGGGCGGGUGCUGUCCCGGGUGCAGGGCACCAGGGGGUACGUCGCGCCGGAGUGGGCGCUGAGCCUGCCCAUCACCGGCAAGGCCGACGUGUUCAGCUUCGGCGUGGUGCUCCUGGAGCUGCUCCGCGGGCAGCGGGUGUGCGACUGGGAGGUGGACGGGGGAGGCGGGGAGGCGCUGCGCAUGGACUUCCCGCGGCUCGUCGCGCUGCUGAGGGAGGAGACGAGGGACCUGCAGGAGGCGUGGCUGGAGGAGUUCGUCGACGCGCGGCUGCGCGGCGACUUCAGUCACCCGCAGGCGGCGGCGAUGCUGGAGGUGGCGGUGUCGUGCGUGGACGACGACCCCGGCAGGAGGCCCAGCAUGGACGCCGUCAUGCAGAUGCUCCUCUCCUCGCAGGACGAGGUGCCGCCGUCGCUCCGCCACGCGUCGUCUCCGGUUCCAGAGAUCAGCCGCAUGGUCUGA